AUGCCCCGUGAGAAUUUACCCAUUGCGGAAUCUCCCAAAAUAAUGGCUUUGAUAAUAUACAAAGGCGAACACAAGGUAGAAGAGACGUCUUCUCAUAAAAUAACUACACAAAAGCUGAAGUUCAAUAGUAAACAAAAACAUUCUGAUCUGUCGUAUGAAAGUAUAAGUGACAACAAAGAAAGCACAGAACUUCAGGAAAUUCGAAUCUUAAAAACCACCAUUGAGAACCUUAUAGAAGAGUUUAUUAAGUGUGGACCAGCAUAUUCAGACUAUGUAUUGAAACUACAGGCUAUGUUGGAAGUAAUGAAGAACUCUAAGUUGUGCGAAAAUGAAGAGUUAGUGCAGAAAUUGGCAUUGAGCAACGGCUGCGUGAUCAAAGUAGACAGCAAUAAAGAUGAAUCAUGUACAAAAAAAAAUUAGGUCACAUUUUUAAUUAAUUGAGAUGGUAAUUAUUUUAACUAUAUUAUUGAAGUUAGAUAGUGACUCAAUACAUCGAUUAGUAAUUUUCGUCCGUUGCAUCUGUUAAAUGUUAUUAUUCGUAAUCUUAAGUUUGUAUUAUUUAUGUAAGCUGUAUUCGAUUGCACUGCUUAGUUAUUUCGAAUUUGAUACUAAUUAAAUUUUUAAAGUUUUAUUGACAACAAUUUACCAGGUAGCAAAAGAUAUUAUGUGAAAAAUUACUUCUAUGAAGGUAGUCUGCAGCAAUGGUGAACACAUUUUAUAAACCUGACAAAUAAUGGUUUUAUUUUUUGUUACCAGAUGUAUAAUACUUUAAAUAUCAGAUUACAAUAAGUUUAG